ACACAACAGCAUCUUCUUUCUCUAAUCUUUUACAACAACAACCUAUUCCAAUAAUGACUGCCUCAAAAGCCGAAGCCAAGAAGGACCAAUUCGUUGGUAAUAUCAAGGAAAACGCUGGUUCUCUCGUUGGUAAUGAAUCACUUCAAGCUGAGGGAAGAACUCAAAAUAGUUCCGGUAAUAUUGAAGAAACCGCUGCCAAGGUCCAGGGCUAUGUUCAAGGCGCUUAUGAUCAAGUAGCCGGUGCUGUCAAGGGUGCUUAUAACUCUCUUACUGGUAAUAACACUGAUGAAGCUUCCAAUAAUGUCCAACAAAAGAAGGGCGAAGCUCAAAAAGAAUUUAAUGCCAAAUUUUAAAUUUGUUGAUACCCUAUAUCUCUUUUAAUAUUUCUUCCAAACCGAAAUAAUAAUACUUAUUUUUGAUGUCACACCUUCCUACUUUCUACAAUAAACAAGCUGAUA